GCCUUCGUUUAAACACCAUUAUUUUGUAACCACGCCAUACAGGUAUGAGCCGUUGCCUUUUUUUUCUUGUUCCUACAAAUUUUCCAGAGACGGAACAAAAUGAUCAUAAUCAUGGCUCUGUUCUGAUUGAUUUAAAUCUCCACAUUUUUUCUUCUUACAAGACAAUGAUGGAUCCGGAUAUGUUUGCAGAAGAUCCCUCCUUCAAUGAGAAAUUCGACAUUGAUUUCGAAUUCGACGCGCCUCGGUUCUAUGACUUCUCCAAACCGGAACUCGAUUCAGAAACAGAGCUUUGGUUUGAAUCAGCUGGAAACUAUCCUCCUUCACCAUUUAGCCUUAAUCUGAGCUGUAUAUUCGACGAUAAACAUCUCAAGAUCCCCAAACCCGUCUCGGAUAAAUACAACGGGUUCAUUUAUUACAACCAAACUGCUAAUUAUCUUCCUAAGUCGACGCAAAAGUCUAAAAACAAACCUUUCUUACGAAAGAACUCGACUUUGACGAGACCCACUGCUUCUUUAUUGGCGAGACAGAACAAACCUCUUGACAUUUACUCUGUUCAGCUUCUCACAAGAUGUCAGAGAUCAUUAGGGAAACUCGAAGGCAAGAUCUCAUCCUCUGUUAUAUUAUCAAUGCCUCAAACACAAGAUACCAAAAGGCAAAAACUUGAGUCUGGCUUCUUGCGCAAGAUAUCAAGGUUGGAGCAAACUCCCUUUGUACAUAAGGUUCCAAAGAAGUUAUCAAAAGUCACUGUUCCAAAGGAACCUAACCUUAAGACUGCCCAAAGAGCUACAAGACAGCGGUUUAAGGCUAAUUCAGCACCUGAGCAGGUUGCGAGAUUUAGCUCUACAAUGACUAAAACAGUUCAAGAAAGUUUUUCUCAUAAAAAGAGUACGCCUGGCUCUCAAGAUUUUCAGAGGUUUCAAUUAAGGACAUCUCUUAGAGCCAAGGAACGUUCUUCUAGUGCUAAAAAUGCACCCAAAGAUGAUCCUACUCACUCCUUAAUGUUAGUCCAUAGUUUUUUCUCUAUUUGCAUUUACUCGAACUGGAAUCAAGAUUUCUCAGAAUGUUUCUUUCACAUCUUGUGCAGGUCAAAGUCCGUUGUGUCUAGAAGUAGUAGGAGAGUGAAGGAAUCUCACAUCUCAAAGACAAAUAGUCAAGUUUAUGAAUCUAAGAUUAGACAUCUAGAAUCAAAGGUAUCAAGAAAAUUUGGUGAAACAACGGAAAUCAAACAUGAAAACAAUUUUCCGAGGAUGGAGAACCACCGUUGUUUUAGUUCAUUGAAGGAAUUUGAAGCUCCAAAUGUCACAAACUCCCAAGAUGAACAUUUUAUUGAAUCUCUCAGAAAAGUAAGUGAGCAUUUUAUCAUAUUCAACUUUUUUAAAUUUGUGUUUUCUUAUGAAUAUUAACACAUUUUUCUUACAGCUAUGUCUCACUUCCGAUACUGAUUUAGUUGCUCCUUGUAUCUCAUCUACAUAGAGAAUUUUCAAGAUAUUAUUUUGCUUGUACAAAUUAGAGAUGACUAUGAAGAGAUUUGAGAUUUUUAAUGCGAGGGAAGAAUCAUGCAUGUUUAGCAGGUAUUUGAAACCUAGUGUUUUGUUCUGUCUCAACAUUUACUUAGUUAUAUUUAGACCAAACAACACAUCUCCAUCAAAUCACAUUUCUAAAACGAGUUUGAAUUUUUGUUGCAGGACAUUCAUUAGGAAGUACCUAAUUGUUCCUUGAGUUUCACAGUUGUAUUAAAGCAUAUUAUAUAUAUGUGCUCUUAUUAGAUGGUAGAAGUUUCAUAAAUUUGCAAUGUUUGUGUUUGAUCAUCAAUGAAAUAAUGUACAAAAUUUAUACAUUGUGAUAGAAGUAGUCCUUAAUGGAUGGAUGUGCGUGCUUUAAAAAGGAGAUUGAAAGACUUUUAUCAGUGUUACAAAAAAAAAGACUUUUAUUAAAGCCGUGUAAUGUGUUUUGGAAAGACAUUUUCCACAAUUUUAACAACAAACUUCCGGAUAUAUGGGAAGUGACUGGUUGGACUUUAUCUCCUUACUUACUUGCGUUAUUUACUUUUAAAUCACUAAACUUUACAAAUCAUACUUUACCUUUAUUUUUAAUAGUUAAAACCUAAAUCAAGUUUUCGUAAACUUUUACCAAUCAUGCUUUAGCUUUAUUUUUAAAGCUACAGCAAAAAAAACUAAAGCAAAUUUUUUUUAAUGUAUUUUAGGUAAAAAACCUAAAACUUUAUUUUAUAGGCUGUAGAAUCUGUGAAAUAAAAUAUUAUCUAUAAUAUCAAAUAAAUUAGAUAAUCAUAAUUAAAAACAUCUAUAAAUAUUUAAUUCAAUUUUGGGUGUUGUAAAAAUUAU